AUGAUCAUGCAGGGGCAAGAGAACUUGCAUCGUCUCUUCAGGCAAAAUGCGAGACCGCUGGGGGCUUAUUGGUCGUACGCCAUAGAUACCCGAAUUCGAUUACCUUUGUGGAUCAAGAGCAGCGAUGUUGCAAAGGCCUUUGUAAAUGGACUGGAAGACACCGCUGCCAGAGGUUUGAUGGAAAGGAAGCUAUAUGCUGCUGGAUGGUCGUGGGAUGUAUUGGUCGACAUCAUGCACAACAAGCUCAAUGAGAGGAAAUCUCAAACGGCCAAUUUGCCCGUUCGGAUGAACGCAGGCUCAGGAGAAGCUGGGGAGGCUUCGAAGCAUAACACUUCGCUAAAGCACAAGAAGAAAAAGCGAAGAGUAAUACCUAUAAUACCGGCGGACGAAGAUGAUCUUCUCGAGAUGAAUUCAUGA